UAUUCUUUAUAUAUAUCAUAUGUCCUCUUCUUUUUUCCCUCUGAUGUUUUUCUCCAUUCCUCGUAGAAGAAAAGAUUCUUCUGUCCCCCUAAUAAAUAACCUUAGUAUAUAAAAAAGAAGAAAACAAAGGGUGGAUGCAUAUAUCAAUAUCUCUUUCUCUCUUUAAUUUUCUUUCUUGAUGGCUGCUUCUUCUUCUUCAUCAUCAAAUCUAAGAAUAGUUGUUCAAAAGAACCCCUCAGAAUCUCAACUCAAUGAAUUGGGCAUCAAAUCUUGGCCUAAGAAAAUACCAACUAAAAUUUGAUGCACAAGAGACAUGUUAUUUGCUUAGAGGGAAAGUGAAAGUUUCAACAAAGAACUCAAAUGAAACAGUGGAAUUUGGAGCUGGAGAUCUUGUGAUUAUUCCCAAAGGAUUGAGUUGCACUUGGGAUGUAUCAAUUGCUGUUGAUAAACACUAUAAGUCCAUUGGCAACUCAACUGUGGCACCCAAUUCUUGUAACAAACCUUGCAGCCAAACCAGUUUAGCAAUUGUUGUUGCCAUGCUUCUAUACUCAGUUUUUGCUGAGCUUCUUGACACUGUGCUUUGCUUCUUAGACUUCCAUGAGACUAAGGAAUCAUCGAACUUUAUACCAAAACCUGUUACUGACUUCCUAGACAAUAAGCAAAAUGCCCAAUCAAAGAUCACAAAAUGCAGUAAUCUUGCCAGAAGUUCUGCUGCUCAUUAAGAGUCCUAGUCCAGGCUGCUUCUUGAUAUACCUGACCACAUGUAUGGCUGCGUCAUAGUGCGACUUCUUAGGGCAUGCAUAAACUAACUUACGUGUUGUAUAUCAAAAGAAAUGUUUGGCCUUGUCAUGGCAAGAUAUAAUAGUCUCCCUCUUAGUCUUUAAUAUAUUCUCCUGUCUUCCAGCUCUGCAUCAUCAUCGGUUAGUUUAGAUUUAUCAUCAUCAUCUGCUGAUUUAAACAUAUCAUCAUACUCCAAACUAGAAAGCUUUUGAUUAUGUUCAAGAGGAGUUGUAGUUGGUCCCCCCCCCCCCCCCCAAACCACAUUCUGCUAUCAAUUCCAAAGCAUACUUUCUUUGAUUCAUCAAUAUUCCUUUGCCAGUUCUAGCAAAUUCAAUCCCAAGAAAAUAUCUCAACUCACAUAAGUCCUUCAUUUUGAAGUUAUGAUGCAAAUUGAUUUAGCUUCCUGAAUUAGUGUUGGAUCACUGCCUGUAAUCAAUAAAUCAUCAACAUACACAAGUAUGACUAUACCAGUUCUAUUAGUCUUAGUGAAUAGUGAAUAAUCCAGUUUACUUUGAGAAAAGCCUAAUUCUGUCAAAGUUGUGGUGAGCUUAAGGUUCCAUUGCCUACUGGCUUGUUUCAAGCCAUAUAGUGAUUUAAGUAGACAACAUACUUUAUGCUCCCCCUGGCUACUA